UCGAUAAACACGUUUAUUUGCAGGUGUAAAAGGCCACUUUAUGAACUCAUCCUGUGGUGUAGAGGUACAUCAUUGCCAGGAGGAGACUGUUAAACUAAACCGUGCUGGUCUGCUUGAUGUUGCUAUGGACACCUGCGGAGGCUUGAUGCAUUCUGAUGGCGGUAAGUCAAUUAAUUUGACUUCGGCUGUGGGAGAGAGACGGAUUCGACAACGUGAAAAGAUGAAUAGAUAGAUGUCUGCGGGGUGCGGUGGGGAGGGGGCACGGAAGUGAGUGGGCUGCGUGUGACGUAGGGCCCAUAUCGUGUGCCGUGAGCUCGGAUCUCCCGGCUGUGGACGGAAGCGCGUGAAGGCGGUGAGGUCAUGUUCCCCGACGCGAUCAGCCGAAGCGGCGAAAACUAACAGUCUUAAGACACGAUUAUUGUUUCCUCGUGAGGACCGGAUCCUUCCGUGACAAGCAGGAGUAGUCUCCGCUCUAUUCUCUGGAGGACUACAGAGGCCUGUAGUGUUUAAUGAGACCAGCGGGAGUGUAGAUUCCAUCAUGAAUAAGAACAGGAAGGAGUUCUACAGCGUUGAUGUGGGUGAUUCCACAUUCCGUGUUCUAAAGCGGUAUCAGAACCUGAGGCCCAUCGGUUCUGGUGCUCAGGGCAUUGUAUGCUCUGCGUAUGACAGUCAUGAUGAGCGCAAUGUGGCGAUUAAGAAGCUGAGUCGGCCCUUCCAGAAUCAAACACACGCCAAGCGAGCCUACAGAGAACUCGUGCUCAUGAAGUGUGUCAACCACAAAAAUAUCAUUGGGCUCCUGAAUGUUUUCACUCCUCACAAGUCAUUAGAGGAAUUCUCAGAUAUGUAUCUGGUGAUGGAGCUGAUGGAUGCUAACCUGUGUCAGGUGAUUCAGAUGGAGCUGGACCACGAGCGUCUGUCUUACCUGCUUUAUCAGAUGCUGUGUGGUAUCAAACACCUGCAUACAGCUGGCAUCAUACACAGGGACCUGAAGCCCAGUAAUAUUGUGGUAAAGUCUGACUGCACGCUGAAGAUUCUGGACUUUGGUUUGGCGAGGACUGCCGCCACCGGGCUCCUCAUGACGCCGUACGUGGUGACCCGCUACUACCGGGCCCCCGAGGUCAUCCUGGGCAUGGGUUACCAGGCCAACGUGGAUAUCUGGUCUGUGGGGUGCAUUCUGGCUGAGAUGAUUCGACAUAAGAUCCUGUUUCCAGGGCGAGACUAUAUUGACCAAUGGAAUAAGGUGAUUGAGCAGCUGGGCACGCCCACUCAGGAGUUCAUGAAGAAGCUCAACCAAUCAGUACGCACCUAUGUGGAGAACCGCCCCCGCCACGCCGGCUACACCUUUGAGAAGCUCUUCCCUGACACAUUGUUCCCUGCAGAGUCAGAACACAACAAGCUGAAAGCGAGUCAAGCCAGAGACCUGCUAUCAAAAAUGCUGGUGAUUGACACGUCAAAGCGCAUCUCUGUAGACGAGGCCCUGCGACACCCUUACAUCAACGUGUGGUACGACCCAGCAGAGGUGGAGGCACCUCCUCCACAGAUAAUUGACAAGCAGCUGGACGAGAGGGAUCACACAGUGGACGAGUGGAAAGAGUUGAUAUAUAAAGAGGUGCUGGACUAUGAAGAGGGAAUGAAGAACGGAGUCAUACGUGGACAGCCGUCUCCUUUAGGUGCUGCUGUGACCAGCUCUCCUCAGCCAUCCUCCUCGUCCUCAGGGAACGACGUGUCCUCUAUGUCCACGUCCGACCCUACGUUGACCUCCGACCCCACCAUGACAUCUGACACAGACAGCAGUCUGGAGGCGGCGCUUGGGCCGCUCGGCUGCUGCAGAUGACCACGCCCAUGUCCAUGAUGUCACAAACCACGCCCACACAGACCACGCCAACUCCCACUCCCACUGAUGCUUUUGUAUUUGAUUUAUGUAAUUAAUUUAAUUUGUAAUUAAUUUAUUUAUUUUGUUUUUUAUUUAUGUACAUUUUAUGUCAUUUAUAUGAGCACGGUGUGAUGCUCUGUGACACCCUCUUGGGGGAGGGUUUUAAGGUGGACCGCUCCUUCUUAAGGUGGACUUGUCUUUCUCAAGGUGGUCCCAAUGUUUCUUAUGGUGGACUUGUCUUUCUGAAGGUGGUGUGCUAUGUCUUAAAGUGGUCUGUAAUUGUCAUAGAUCAGAUCACUCGAGGAUGAGACAGGCUUUCAGUUCUAUAGGUGUGAGUGUGUUAGGUUUGCAUGGCUGGUGUGAUUGUGUAUGUGUGUGUGUGUGUGUGUGUGUGUGUGUGUGUGUGUGUGUGUACGUUAAAGAGUCAUGGUUAGCUGAUCCUAGUGUUGCGUUUCUAAGAGAACUGAAUGUGAGGGGGAUUAUUUUUAUACAGCUUUACGUUCCCACCACUUAAUGCUGCUUUUUUAAUUCACAAUCGACUGUGUGUGUGUGUGUGUGUGUGUGUGUGUGUGUGUGUGUGUGUGUGUGUGUGUGUGUGUGUGUGUGUGUGUCCAUUCAGUGCCAUGAGUGUCUCCACUACAGCAGCAGGGAGUGCGUCAUACAUAUGGUGAGAAUUUAGGUUGUUGUCAAGCAAGAGUUAAAGAAUGUAUGUGAGUGACUUAGUGUGCGCUGUCUAUGGACUUCACGGCUACCAGAGACUCUAGAAUCUACUGGACUCUAAGGUUCUUGGGGACUCUAGAAUCUUCUGGACUAAGGUUCUUGGGGACUCUAGAAUCUUCUGGACUAAGGGUCUUGGGGACUCCAGACUUCUCUGGGAAUGUCUUGAACAGAGCAUUCCUUUGGAUUCCCAUACUGUAUUUUCCAAAUGCUAACAGGCAAAAACUCAACUCACAGUUCACAGCAGACACACAGUCUUCCCAACCCACACAUAAACGUGUCCCAGCCCUUACACACACUCUGUCUUUGGCUCUUCGGUCUUCAUCCUCCAUCUGUAAGUGCUCUUCAUCUCCUGCUCGAACCGUUGCUUUAAGGCGGCUGUUUCAGCAUGGCCCCCACAGCUGCUGCAGGGAUGAGCCGGCGCAUGGCAGGUCUCUUCUACUGUACCCCACCUUUGCAUUUAGUUACUUCAUUUUAAAACGUUUACUUAGAAUUCAGUAUGAUGCAGUAACCCCCAGAUUAAAAGAUGGUCCUCACAGUCAAGAUUUUUUGAGUGUGUGUGUAUGUAUGUGUGUGUGUGUAAGAGAGAACAAGAGAGACUGUACAGAUGUGUGUGAUGUCUCAGAUGUGUGAGGCCAAUACUGGUCACUGCAAAUGAUGAUCCUUAGAACCAUCUGAGAAUGUGAAAACCUUUAGAACAGGACCUUAGCAGUGUUCAUCCUCACCAUGGAAUAAAGCAGCUGAGCAUGAA